AUGCUUAGAUUAGCUUUGUCUUUGGUGCGGGAUGUGGGUGCAUUACGUUGCCGGGCCGGUGGAUCAGAGGGGAAUUCUUCCGUCCCUUGCCCAUCAACAGAGCACCACACUAAAGAUCAACCAUUGCGGCCAACACCAGUGAGGCAGCCAUCAGCUGAGGAAAUUGAACCAGAAGACAGCCUCGUACCAACCCCUCAUUCACCAGUUGGAAUGGGACCAUCACCAGCUCCCACUUAUUCCGAGCCACUGGUCCCACAGUCUCAGGCACAGGCAUCCCUUCCAGCUGAAGUGACAGUAGAGGAUGCGGAAGAAGGUGAAGACGCGGGUGGGAGUGGCACCCAAGCCCCUAAACCUUCAUCAAUGAAGAGAUAUAAGCAGACCGCUAAGAGGAUUGUCAAGCGUCCUCCCGCUUGCAAAAGUCCGUUUGUCGCCCAAUGUGUAAAACAAUUCCCAAAAAUACCUCAUGCAGAUCGGGUAGUAGCAGAUUAUGCUUUGGCUGAAAUGGGUGAUCCUAGUGAGAUUUUGUGCGACAUGUAUGGGAUGUACAUUAGACGGGAGGAACUUUCUUGUCUAAAUGCAGGGCGGUGGGUUAAUUCAAUGAUUGUUGCGAUUGUCUCUCGCAUGAUGAAUAGACAACAAGCACCACCACCUCGCGCACAUUUUUUUGAGCCUUCGUUCUCGGUUGUUCUAAGCAACCUCAAAUCUAAUGCAACCACGCAAGUCAUCCUGGAAAGAUGCGCUAUGUAUCUGGAUCCUGACACAUUGGGCCAUGAUCUUAGUUCAUGUGACAUGAUGUUCAUCCCGGUUUGCGAGAAUAAUCACUGGCACGUGCAUGUUGUUAAUUUUGCAGCUGGAAGAGUUGAGAUACUUUCGUCAUUGCCCCUAAGGCGGGGCAACAACAUCAGUGCUGCAACACGACGAUUAUCAAUGGCACUCCACAAAGCACUGCAUGCAUAUAGAAUCCAUAUGGAUGUGGAUGUCUCAAGUUUUGUGCAUGUCCAACCACACCUUCUCCAACAGCUGAAUGGGUUCGACUGUGGUAUCCUUGCACUAAAGUUCAUGGAAUUUUGGAAUGGGGCGACCUUAACUACUUCAGUGGCAGUGGACAAGACGAACAUGUACAGACUCCAGCUAGUGCUGCAACUAGUGCUCAAUGAACGCAACAGUGUCAGAGAUACAAUUAUGGCCGCAUGUCAUUUGUGACUUCAUAGUUCAUGAUAAGUUUCUUCCUAUCUGCUGCUACGUACCAAAAUGACCAAGGGUUGAUUGUAGUUUGUCCAAAAAUUUAUUAAUUCAUAUCAUGUUGUGUGCUGAUGUGAUUUGUUCCACUUGUAACAGUGGCAGUUGGGUUAUGCUGAAUAUGAGGACUUUAUGUACAAGAAUGACCAACGUGUAAGGGAAAAGAAGAGUACCUGCUAAUGCUACUGCUGGAGCAUAUGGGAUGCAGUAACCGCAAUGUAAUAGGGCUGUUCAUUUUUCCUUCAAUAUUGUAAAGGAAGGG